AUGUCGACUUCGUCACCAGAUCCAGGCAAGCCUAAUUGCCCGUACCUCCCCGGUUUUGAGGUCGACAUUUCGACACACACUGCCCCUCUGCCCUUCGGCGGUGGCAUGUACCCCCUCGGAUCCGAAGAGUAUCGCCUAGAAGUACUAGCUAUUCUGCUUGAUGGCAUUGCAAAACAGUGCCACGCAGGGGUCGACCAGCGGGGUUUGUCGCCACGAAACGUGAUAAUUACACCGCCGCCAAAGCUCAAGGAAAAGCGUCCGCAACGUGUGGUACUCAUCGACUACAACAUAUCGACGGUAUAUGAAUUGACAGAGUACGGAAAACGAACAAUUCAGCUGGCGAAAUUGCCACCAAACCCUAUGGAACUCUUCUGGACUGCAUCACUCUCGGAUUUGGCUGGUUGGGUUCCGCCAGGGCUGUGUUAUGAUAGGAGGCUCCAGCAGGAGUGGCUGCAGAGCGAAUUUGGUGGCGAAAAGAAGGUAUUGUACGAGCCACUUGAGAACGAGUUGGAGCUGCACGAGACUCCUCCAGAGGACUACCCUAUAUGGCCUCUUGUUGUCCGACCAAUCACUGUGAUUAUCAACGACAACGACUGGACAAGAGCGGACAACUACCACGAUAGAAGACCCAAUAAAUUCGACAUUGAUCCGGCGAUCUAUCUCGACGCAAAGCUUAUUACGAAAUCAAACCAGGCUAUCAGUUCCUAG